AUGACACAAAAUCUCAUACUUCGCUUAAAUAAAUCAUCAUUAUAUAAUUUAAAUAGUGUUAAAAGAACCUUUUUUAGUUUAAAGAGCAGACAAAAUGAAAAAUAUAGAUUUGUUUUUAGAAGAUAUUUUUCUAUAGAUACCAUAAAAGUACCAAGAUUAGGUGAUUCAAUUACAGAAGGCACAAUAAACGAAUGGAAGAAAAAAGUUGGUGAUUAUGUUAAGAAUGAUGAAACUUUAGCAAUUAUUGAUACAGAUAAAGUAAGUGUUGAUAUUAAUUCAAAGUCCAGCGGAACCUUACACAAAAUUUUUGCUGAAGCUGGUGAUAUCAUAUUGGUUGAUAGUCCCUUAUGUGAAAUAGAUACUUCAGCAAAACCACCAGAAAACAUUUCUACAACUGAAAAAAAGAUAAAUGUUAACAUAAUGAAAGAGGAAGUAGAAAAAGAGAAAAAGACAUAUAAUGAAAGUAUAUUAGACGAAAAAAAAAGUGAAAAUAUUGUAACUGAUGAAAAAAAAAGUGAAAAUAUUGCAACUAAUGAAAAAAAAAGUGAAAAUAAUGUAAUUGAAGAAAAAAAAAGUGAAAAAUCUACAAAUGAAGAUAAAAUUUUGGAAGUUAACUAUGAAUAUGUAAAUGAAAGAACAGAAAGAAGAGUUCGUAUGUUACCAAUAAGAAAAAGAAUUGCAGAAAGACUAAAGGAAUCACAAAAUACAUGUGCUUUACUAACUACAUUCAAUGAAUGUGAUAUGAGUAAGGCGAUGAUUUUUAGAAAUGAAUUAAAAGAUACAUUUCAAAAAAAAUAUGGAUGUAAGCUAGGUUUUGUAUCUUUAUUUAUAUAUGCAUCCACAUUAGCUUUAAAAAAAAUGCCUCAAGUAAAUGCAUUUAUUGAUAAUGAUGAAAUAGUUUAUAAAAAUUAUAUUGAUAUAUCGGUAGCAGUAGCUACACCUAAUGGAUUAACUGUUCCAGUUAUUCGAGAUUGUCAAAAUAAAAAAUUACCACAGUUAGAACAAGCAUUAUCUGAAUUAGCUACAAAAGCAAGAAAUAAUAAAUUAUCAUUAGAUGAUUUAACUGGUGGCACUUUUACUAUAUCAAAUGGAGGAGUGUUUGGAAGUAUGUUAAGUACCCCUAUUGUUAACAUGCCUCAGUCAGCUAUUCUAGGUAUGCAUACCAUAAAAAAUAGACCAGUUGUAAUUAAUAAUGAAAUUGUAAUUAGACCCAUAAUGUAUUUGGCAUUAACUUAUGACCAUAGAUUAUUAGACGGAAGAGAUGCUGUUCAAUUUUUAUGUGCUAUUAGAGACUAUAUAGAAAAUCCAAAUCUGAUGCUAAUAGAAUGUUAA